AUGCCAAGAAUUUCAAGUAAAAUAAUUAUUGGAGAGCGGGUUAGUUGCAAAGCAACUGCAUUGCCAAAGGAUAUUAUUACGCUACACUUACAACAAAGUAAUGAGAAUUUAAAAAAUUUACGCCUUUAUGGUUUAGUUGUUGGUGCAUUAACAGGAACACGUCAAAAAAAAAUUCAAAUAAAGUUUGAUAAUAUUGGUGAUGGAAAUUUGGUGGUGGAUGUUCUUGCUGGAAAUUUACGCUAUGAAAAACAAACUAGUGAGGUUGCAGAACAAUCAACAGUUCAGAUUGAACUUUCAGAAUCUAGUGAAAGUAGUUUAGACGAAGAAGACUAUUCUAGUGAUAUUAGUGAAGUAGAUCUUACUACAACACCUAGAUGGAACGAACAACCAAUCACUAUUGAUCAACGGGCAGUUAAUUCAACAUAUAACCAGCCAUGUAAAAUUAAUAUUCCAUCAGUUAGUUUAGCUUCACCUUAUACUAUAUUUAGCCGGUAUCUUCCUAUGAAUUAUAUUGAACAAAAUAUUAUUCAUUCUAUUAACUUACUUGGAAGAAAGAACUCAAAUUGGGUCGAUGUGACUAUUAAUGAAUAUAUAACAUGGUUAGGACUUUGGGUGCUAAUGUCUGUUGUUCCUGUAAGUGAUCGUCGUUAUUAUUGGAGAACACAAGAAAAUACUCAACCAUUAUUACCAUUUAAUUUUCAACGUUGGAUGGCAUCUUUGCGAGAUAGAAAACCACAAUGUAUAAUUGCAACAGCAUCAACAACAGUUAAUGCUGAUGAAGUAGAACGUGUAGUUAAAAAUAAUACUGGUUCAGAAGUUGUUAAAUUUACAAGACCAAAGGUUUUUUAUGAAUAUUCACAAGCAAAAGGAGCCGUUGAUAUUAAUAACCAGGUGCGCGAUAAUAUGACUUCUUUUCAUGAUAUAAUGCGAGGAUCAAGUUGGCAGAUGCAGAUAUUUUCUUUUUUAUUAGGAGUUGCAGAGGCUAAUGCUUUUCUUACAUAUAAAAAAUGGCAUGAAGAAGCAUAUGAGCUUUCGCAUUUUGAUUUUAGAAGAGAAUUAGCACACAAAAUGCUUAGUAGAAAUUAUAAUACAACUGAAAAUUUACAAGGUAAAAAGCGAGUAAAAACAUCCGAAUUACUACACAACUUAGUUACAUUUCCUAAAAAAGGAAAAAGAAAUGGUAAAACAAAUUAUCCACAGUUGCGUU